UGCUUGCUCCUCUCAGCUUCUUUCUUUCGGAUCUGGGCAAUCGAUCCUUGAAGAAUUUGAAAUCCUUUCCAAAUAUGAUGGCGCGACAGAGGAAUCAUAAUCACCGUCGGAAAACGUCUUAUUCAACUCUCAUCUUCACGGUAUUGAUUAUGUUCACUUUUCUGAUUUUGUUCCUUCUCGCGCUUGGAAUCCUCUCGCUGCCCACCAACAAUGGCGGGUCCUCCAAAGCCAAUGAUCUCACUUCCAUUGUUCGCAAAAACCUUCAGAGAAGUGGCAAAGAUGUUACGGAGGAGAACGAGCGUUGGGUUGAAAUUAUCUCUUGGGAACCCAGAGCUUCUAUUUACCACAAUUUCUUGACUAAAGAGGAAUGCAAGUAUUUAAUAGAGCUAGCUAAACCGCAUAUGGAGAAGUCAACUGUUGUCGAUCAAAAGACUGGAAAGAGCACAGAUAGCAGGGUGAGAACGAGCUCUGGGACAUUUCUUCCAAGAGGACGCGACAAAAUCAUCCGUCAAAUCGAGAAAAGGAUAUCAGAUUUUACCUUCAUACCUGUUGAGCAUGGGGAAGGUCUUCAAGUUCUGCACUAUGAAAUAGGGCAAAAGUACGAGCCUCACUAUGACUACUUUAUGGAUGAGUAUAACACUAGGAACGGAGGGCAGCGAAUAGCCACUGUUCUCAUGUACCUGUCAGAUGUUGAGGAGGGGGGUGAAACAGUGUUUCCUUCAGCCAAGGGAAACUACAGCGCAGUGCCAUGGUGGAAUGAGCUGUCAGAGUGCGGGAAAGGAGGGCUCUCCGUGAAACCAAAGAUGGGAGAUGCAUUGCUUUUCUGGAGCAUGACACCUGAUGCCACUCUAGACCCAUCUAGUCUUCACGGUGGGUGUGCCGUAAUCAAAGGGAACAAGUGGUCAUCCACAAAAUGGCUGCGUGUACACGAGUACAAGGUUUGAUCUAAUUAUUUGAGGAGGAAGAAGCAAAAGGAGAGAGGGAGAGAUGAGGAAGCGUAGGAAAAGGUCAGAAGAAUUGGAGCCCUCUGCUUGCAUCCUUGAGAUACUUUUGUUAUAUUUAAGAGUAGAUAUUUUGUAUCUCAAAAAAGACAACCACCAUUUGAGUUGAUUUGAUUUGAUUUGAUUAAUACCACUACCAUUUGAUGGGAUUAUUGAUAAAAGUAAUGAUAAGGAAAUUGUGGUCA